AAAAUAUGUUGAAACCACCUGCGUACAAUAAAAUUCAAAAACAAUUGCUACACCCACCUUCACUUAUUGAAUACAAAGACCUAAGAUUCUUAAUUACGGAUACACCGAGUAUUAACAACCUAUCUAUCUAUAUCCAAGAGUUUGAAAGAUGGAAUGUGACAGAUGUAGUUCGAUGCUGUAAUGCAACUUAUUCCCAUCACAGCCUGAAUGAGCAUGGCAUUCAAGUGCAUGAUUGGAUGUUUUCUGAUGGCGGUCCUCCUUCAAAAGAGAUCAUUCAAGAAUGGCUAGACCUGGUGGAUAGUCGAUUCAAAAAAGAAAGCAUGUCACUUGAUACAGAAGAAAAAAACCCAAUAGAAAAAAAACGACCAUGUAUUGCUGCUCAUUGCGUAGCUGGACUAGGAAGAGCACCUGUUUUGGUGGCUAUUGCAUUGAUAGAAGAAGGAAUGGAUCCUAUGGAAUCGAUUGCAUUCAUUCGAAGAUAUCGACGAGGAGCUAUCAACAAACAGCAAAUAAAAUACCUAGAGAAUUAUCACAGAAGACGAAAACAAAGCACAGGUUGCUUUGUUAGUUGACAAAAGACGCUUGAUGUAUAUUUGACUUGAAUAGUUUAGAUCAAGCUGAUAGCUUUUGUUAAUUGGACUUUGAUGAACAACCCUAUGGUGAAAUAAUUAAAUAGUAGCAAUAUAAAUAUUUACUAGCUUGUUUAUUUAAUAAAGACAAUUAGCUUAUUUGUGUCAAG